GGGCGCCGAUUCUAUUAUACGAUUCGAGUCGAAUCCGCCAUAUUAAUUCGCUUUUCGAGAUUCUGUUAUGCGAACUAUCGCAUAAACUCGAAUCGUAUUGCUCGACAGGUCGAGAGGUGCCGAAUCAAAUCGAAUUUCGAAUGUGUUGACAGUUGAUGUAAGUUUUUUGUUUUGAAGUGAAAAGUGAAAUAAUAAUAUAACCUCAAUAUAUAUAUUUUCGAGUCUAUUGGUUUAUUUUGUGUUAUUGACUAUUUAAUAAAUGAAAAUAAAUUGAAAUGGCUUCAUUCAAAAUAAAAGAAUGCCAUUGGGAAGUCCUAAUGGCAUAUAUGGAAGAGCACAAAGACUUUGCGAACGGGCGGUUCUUAGGACUCCAGGGGCGGGAAACGCAAAGAAAAAUGUGGUCGACAAUUGCAAACCGGCUGAAUGCACUUGGAUAUGGCGAGAGAUCGGCUGAAAAAUGGCAAAAAACUUGGGCGGAUUUCAAACACAAUUUGAAAAAAAAGGGACAGAUGAUUAAUUCAGACUUGCACGGAACAGGAGGGGGUGGACAUUCCUCUGCACCGUUUAAUAGUUUUGAAUUACGAGCCUUGAACAUUUUUGGUGGCAAAACAUUUUAUGCUGGAGCAGGGAGUACCGAACUUGGUAUUUUAUCACCAAGUAUAUCGCAACCAAAAGCAAACACAACACCAGAGUCACUGGAUUUUAAAAAGCCAAAUACUUCUGCAGAACCGCAACCUUCACCAUGGAGAAGUUUCAAUAAGACUCUUGCUACCAGAAAGCAAACAACAAGAGUCACAACUGACUAUCAUGACCAUGAUUAUGAGGGAACCCCUCCCACAAAAAAGAAAAAAGAUCAUUCAGAUGAAGCUUACAGAGAAACCAUUGAUAUAUUGAAAGAGAUCAAGGAAACAAUACACCAAGGACUGAGUGAAAUAAAGGAAGUACUGGAUAGCAGGCUCCAACAAAUUGCUGAAGGUGUAAAUUCCGGAAAGUAG